CCUCUGUUGCUUUAGCUGUUCAAAUUUUGGAUGGAACACCUUUACAUCCUGAUGGAAAGACCCCUAUGUCUGUCAGCCAAGCUAAAUUUGAGCAAAAAAGGGAUAAAUUUAUAGCCAAGCAAGUGGACAGCAGGAAGAAAAAGAAACUGAAGAAAUUUGAGGAUAGGAUGCUUAGCUGGGGUGGCCGUCAUGAUGCGAAGGUGACAAUUCCGGCAACUGUUGUCUUUCGUAACAUGUUCAUACCUGCAGAAACGAGGGCAGAUGAAAAUUUGAGUUCAGAACUGGAGGAAGAUGUUAAAGAGGAAUGCUCAAAGCUUGGUCCACUGGACUCAGUCAAGAUCCAUGCAAGUGAAGAUGAUGGAGUGGUUAAUCGUGCUUUGGUGCGGCGGGAUCUGGAUGAGGAUGCUGGAACAAUUCGGUUCUGAACUUGAAGCCAAAUGAUUUGCGCCGGAUGCUUGAAACCCGACUGGACUCUUUUGUUUUGUGAAAUUACUAGCUCUGCCUUUGUAUCAAAUGAAAUUCAGAUAUAGAUCAUGUAUCCAUGUUUGGGAUUUUCAAUCUUGGUUCCGUUGGCCACAUUUUCAGGGUUCCAGUCAAAGCUUAGAUGACAAACAAAAAGAUUCAAACAUG